UGGUUUUCCACAGUGAAUUAUCAGAUUACAAAUCUUUCACGUCCCACAUGUGUGAUCCAGGACCAAAGUCGUUUCCGGGUUUUCAUGGUGGGAGUCUGUCUAUGGGAGUUAUUCUUAGAAAAUGUAUCAAAUCGGAGUUUCCCACGCAUUGCGGCGUCUAUCAAAAAAUCAGCAACAGAUCGUUAGAAACAUCGGCAUUCGUUCAACGCUAAACGGCUAUGAAAAUAUUGACAAAGCUUUCCACACUCAUGCUGUACCUGUGAGGAGCCAGAAUCAAUUGCUGCAUGAGAUCCGAAGGUCGUAUUUAAAAGUCCAUCUAAAUAAGGUUCAAUCAUAUGAUGCUGUUAGAUGGUAUGCGUCCUCACCAGUCCAGUCUGAAGAUGGGGAAUUGAUUUACACAGGCAACCUGGGCAAAGCUGUUCUUGGUGUGAAGUUUUUCUCCUAUUCCAGCAGUAUGAUUAGCCUCUGUGUGAUGCCAUAUGUUCUCAUGAAAACUGGUGUUGGUGUGAACAGCUUUGCACUGCAAGUGGCUUUUUUUGGCUUUAUAGGUUUCUUCACAUUUCUGACCCCUGUUCUCCUUCACUUGAUCACCAAAGGAUAUGUGGUACGCCUAUACCAUAAAAAGGAGACGGACAUGUACACAGCCAUCACUUAUAGUGCCCUUCUAGUGGAGAAACGGACUGUGUUCCACCAGAAUGAUGUUGUUAUCCCAGACGUGAGCCGGAUGUUCACCACUUUUUAUGCCAAGAAACACUCCAUGCUGGUUAACCCAAUGCUUUUUGCUUUGCCCCAUGACUACAACCACCUCAUGGGUUAUGAUCAGCCCUUCUCAUUUGACACAGAAGAUUUAAACAAACCAGAUAAAAGUUAGCUUGUCCGCUUAUCUAGAGAAUCUCAAAGCAUUUCAUCAUUUCAUUGGACUGUUGUAAUGUAUCUGAAAUUUGCAAGUGGGCUGCUGUAUGUUUGUGAUGCCAGAACUUGUGUAAAAGUGUAAAUAAAUGGAAGGAUAUAUUUA